CCAGCCUGCUUUCAACUUCAAAGUCUUCCAAAGCGUCCAGUCAUCCUCAAGUAGUUCGACAUGGCUUUCCGCUACCUCAUCUCUCUGUGCGCCCUGGUGGCCUAUGCCAAUGCUGGUCUCUUGGCCAGCCAUGUGGCCAUUGCCAAUCCGUCGGUGGAUGCCGUUGCCUCUACCCAGCAGAAUGUGGUGAGGUCUUUUGCCGGCACUGUUUCCAGCUACUCGAAGGCGGUGGAUACCCCGUACUCCAGUGUGAGGAAGAGUGACACCAGGAUCCAGAACAAUGUCUACACUCCGGCUAUUGCCAAGACUGCUUAUGCCGCCACUCCUCUGUACACUCAGGCUACUCCUAUUGUGGCCAAGACUCUGGUCCAUGCUCCGGCUCCAGUCUUGGAGAAGACCGUCUACGCUGCUCCAGCUCCAGUUCUGGCUAAGACUGUGUACUCCGCUCCUGCCCCAGUUGUCGCCAAGACUGUUUAUGCCGCUCCAGCUCCGGUUUAUGCUGCUCCCGCUCCAGUGGUGGCUAAGACCGUCUACUCUGCACCAGCUCCAGUUUACGCAGCUCCUGCUCCAGUGGUUGCCAAGACCGUCUACGCUGCUCCCGCUCCUGUUGUGGCCAAGACUGUCUACUCCGCUCCCGCUCCCGUUGUUGCCAAGACCGUUUACGCUGCUCCCGCUCCUGUUUUGGCCAAGACCGUGUCCUAUGCCGCACCCCUGGCCACCACCAACGUGAACCAUGGACCUGCUGCCACCACCUACACCCACAACGCCCCAGCUUUGGGUGUCUCCAGCUACGGAACCUCCCAGACUGUUCACUACUCUCCCGCCGAGAGCGUUUCGCACAUGAGCUUCGAUGGAUUCGGAACCCACUGGGGUUUCUAAAUAAGUCUUGGCCUUUUGGCUUAGGCAAUUGUUAAUGUUGUUAGUGGUCAAUAAAG